AUGACUUCCAUAUAUAGUGAAGAUACAGAUCAAGCAGAAGAAAAUAAAGAUCAGACGGAAGAUGACAUAUAUCAGGAAGAUGACAUAUAUCAGAAAGAUGACAACUCAAAUAUUGAAAACAUUGUUCAAAAAGAUGACAACACAAAUCUUGAAGAAGAUACAAUUCUAAAUGACAACAUUAAUCAAAAAAUGGACGAGGAAAUGGUUGAAGACAAUUCGUUGGAUCUAGAAAUUAUUAUGGAUCAAACUCCACAAAAUAAACCUAAUGACAAUGGAACAAGAAAUUCACUUGUUAAUAUUAAACCUAAUUCAUACAACAAGCAAGCCGGUCCACAACGAAAUGGUAGAUCUGAAAGUUUGCAGCCAGUAUCUUUAACAAGUCGUACUCCAGGCGUAGACCUUAACGCAAUUGGAACAAUUGACGGAGCCAGUAUAUAUGACGUUGACUUAGAUUCUGCUGAAGAAAAACCUUGGAGAAAACCUGGUGCCGAUAUUACCGAUUAUUUCAAUUAUGGAUUUAAUGAAUAUUCAUGGAAAGCAUAUUGUGCAAAACAAAAACAAAUGCGAGAGGAUCAACAUUCUAGAAAAAAGAUACAUGUUUUUGAAACCAAACAAGAAAUAAAUUUACCUCCAGAAUUACAAUCAAUAGCUCAACCACAAACUUCAGAACAUAUAAGAGAUCAAGAUGAUUCGGUUAUUCAAGUUGUCUCAAGUGAAAGAGAGGCUGUCCUUGAAGAAAUGGAUCCAAUACCACCACCCAUGAUGGAUAAACCGCAAAACGAUGAAUUUGGGCCACCGAUGGCAAUGGGAAUGUUCACGGAAAUGGGAGGGGGUCCUAUAGGCCAUCCACCACCUUUUUUUAUGGGAAACGCAGAAAUACCACCAUCGGGUCCUAUAGGAUUUGAUCAUAACUACCGAGGAGGUCAGCCAAUGCGAUCCAUGUUACAUCCUACUGGAAUUGCUGGAGGUUUACCUAACAACAUGACUGGUAAUAUUUCUGGUAAUAUUCCUAACAUGCCUGGAAGAAUGCCAACAAUGCCAUCAAGUAUGCCUAGUGGUAUACCCGGUAUGCCGAGAGUUAUUUCUGGGAUGUCUGGUAAUAUAACUGGAAACAUGGUUGGGAGAAACGAAAGACCAUUUUUCUCAAUGGAAGAUCAAGGCAUGUUAACAUGGGAAAUUGAAAACCGUAACGCAUCAACAUUCCGACCCUCUACAUUUCCAGGAAGACCACCAACUGGACCAAUGCUUGGUCCUGGUACCAAUAGAAAUGAUUUUCACGAAUGGGAACGUUCUCCACCACCAGAUGCACCAUUUUCACAUAGGAUGAGGAAUCAAUUUCGUCCAGGGGCUCCACCUACCGGUCCAGCUUCUCAUAUUGCAUCCGGAGAAAGUCCUAUUUCAGAACGUGGUGAUGACGAAAGAGGCAGCGAUAAAAAUGACGAGAGUCAACCAUCUAAUAAUGAUAAAAUCCAUCAUGGGGGUUAUAUAAGGGAUUUGAGGGGAGGACAUGUUAGAUCUAGAGAAGAAGAAAGGUGGGAUGACCCACGAAAACGUACAAUUGGCGAGGCACCACGUGAUGAUGAUGAAUUCAGAGCUAAGCGACGGCACUAA